AUGCAGAACAUGGAAGAGAUGAAGCUCCUUUGUGUAACCUACGCACUGCUUAGCAUCUUCUCUCUGACGUAUGGAAAGAUUUCAGAGUACCAGCUGGAGACCGAGAGUCUGAGUCAAUGUGAACAGCUCAGGGCUGUCAGUUCAAUGCAGGGACAUGAGCACAUAGCCCAGUGCUCUGAGGACGGCCGAUUUAGGCAUGUUCAGUGUAAUCGUGGAGGCGGGGAGUGUUGGUGUGUGAAUGUAGAAGGACUUGAGAUACCUGGGAGUCGACAAAAUGGAUCCACGGUUCAUUGUUUAACCUCGUGCCAGCUCCAGAGACAGCAGGCCCUGCGAACUGAAGGCAUCACACUGGUGCCAGCAUGUUUGGACUCAGGUGAGUUCGAGCCGGUGCAGUGUGAUGCGUCCCGUGGCCAGUGCUGGUGCGUGGACCAAGAAGGCAUGGAGAUCUAUGGAACCAGGCAGAACGGAAAGCCCUCAAAGUGUCCUGGUACUUGUGAGGUAAGACAGCGGCGACUCCUUCAUGGUAUCGGAGAACCCUCUCCCCCUCAGUGCUCAGAUGACGGGGGCUUCUUACCUGUGCAGUGCAAGUUUGUCAACACCACUGACAGAAUGAUAUUUAAUCUGUUACACACCUUUAACAGAGACCCAGAAGUGUUCCAGACAUUCAGUGCUUUCAGAAAGGCCUACCCAGAGCUCUCUAGUUAUUGUUUCUGUGCAGACAGUCGUGGAAGAGAGAUGCCAAGCACAGGUGUGGAGUUGCUGUUGGAUGAGGUGUACGACACUGCGUUUUCAGACCAGACUGCAGGAAGUACAUUUGCACAGUCAAACAUGUAUCGAAUCCUACAGCGUCGCUACCUUGCCGUCCAGCUGGCCGUGAGCGGGAGAUUUAGAUGUCCCACCCCAUGUGAGAGCGAACGGGCCGCAGCUACUCAGGCUGGCAAUUCCUUUGUACCCUCCUGUAUUGAUAAUGGAGCAUAUGUGUCAACCCAGUGUCAGUCCAGUGGCCAGUGUUGGUGUGUGGAUACUGAUGGCAAAGAGAUCUUUGGCACACGCCAGUAUGGAGUACCAAAUUGUAGCACUGAAGUGAAGGACUGCCUGUCUGAGAGGAGGCAAGCCCUCUCCAGGCUUUUUUAUGGCCCAGCUGGAGACUUCAGCAAGAGCAACGUGUUCUCCAUUUCCAAAGACACCCUCUCUUUUCUUGGUACUUGCAGUCCUGAAUUCCAGGAGCUUUUGGCCAACUCUGGUCUUCUUCAGUCGUUGCCAGAGUUGGAGCGUCCAAAUGUCGGAGACAUCCUGGCAGAGGUCCUCCAAGGGAUGUUUCCCUCUGGGGCUCUUGCCCUGAAAGCUCUUGCUCUUGCCCCGAAUCCCAAGAGACUCCAGGAGAAUCUCUUUGGAGGAAAAUUCCUAAAGAGCGCUGGCAAUUUCAACUUCACCGGCACUGUUGGAAACAGUGGUACAUUGAGUUUCAGUCAAGUUUUCAGUCAAGUUGGUCUGAUGCAAGCUGUGACCGACUUGAUGCAGUUGGCCAAGACAGUUACAGAUGACUCUGCCAGUCUUAAUCUAGACCAAGAGAUUUCUGAUGCAUUUGGUCGUUCGGUGAACCUGAAAAACAACCGAGAUAUGAUUAAACUUGUUUCAAUGGCUCUUGAGAACGAGCAAUUUCUCACUGUCCUUCGAGAAGCAAUCAAACAGUUGAAGGCAGAAGAAAGCAGCCAGUUGGGUCAACUGUUUCGUGCCAUUUUCCGGAAAUCAGAUGUUUGCAAGUCUGUGACUUCAACCUCGACUCUGUAUGUGCCCCAGUGCACUGAGGAUGGACGAUACCAGGAAGUUCAAUGCCAGGGCUCAGAGUGUUGGUGUGUGGACUCUCGUGGUCUGGAAAUAACAGGUUCUCGCACCACUGGGUCCAGACCGAGAUGCUCAUCCCAGUGUGAGAAAGAACGUCAGAUGGCUUUUGCAGUCAAAGCCAGCAGUUCUGCAGGAUCUGAGGUCUUCAUUCCUAAAUGUGAGACUGAUGGUGCUUACGUUGCACGUCAGUGUCUUGGCAAAAGUUGUUUCUGCGUGGACCGUUCUGGAACAAAACUCAGCAUUCAGAGUUCAGGAAGCUCUCUUCAAUGUCCAACAAGCUGCCAGGCAACAGCGACCCAACAAUUCCUGUCCACAGUCCGCUCUGUUUUCUCUGAUCCAUCUUCUAUAACCCAGCUUUCUGAAGUGUAUAUCCCUCGUUGUGCCUAUGAUGGCAGCUGGCAUCAGAUCCAGUGUGAUGGACCUCCAGAACAAGCAAUUGAGUUCUACCGUGAGUGGGUUCGGAUCAUAAAUUCCGGACAAGACUUGCCCGUUUCAGAAGUUCUCGGAAUUCUGCGAGCCUUUGCAAGAAACACAGAAGCAAUGUCUUCAUUCAGAGUCUUUGUAUCGGAAUUGUUCAAAGCUGGGCAACAUCGAGUGUUCCCUGUCUUGGCAAGAUUUGGGAAGUUCUCUGAUAUUCCAUCUGACAUUUUAGAUGGGAACAUUGAGGCCAUUUAUGGACCAUCAGUUUUCCUGAAUCCGUUAUCGUUAUGGAGACUGAUCAGAGGAGAGGAUUCCGGUUAUCCAGGCCCGCUAUCAGAUUUCAGUCUUCCUCUUGGGAGCUUUCACCUGCGUCAGUGCUGGUGCGUUAACCCUCAAGGAGACAUGCUAGCAGAUAGCAAGGCUCCUGUUGGACAAAUCUCCAAAUGUCCAGGUCCAUGCUCUAUGGUUCAAAACCAGGUCUCUGAGUUCCUGAAGCAGGCUGAAGAGCUAAUCUCUGCUUCAAACAACUCACAUGUGCCUGUGGGUUAUGGUUUUCUCCCGGCUGAGAGUGUCUAUCUGAGCCCUGAGGAGCUGGAGCAGAUGCGCACCUCAAAGAUCCCCGUCACUCAGACUCUGCUGAACAACACCAACUCUGCGCUGAGACUCGCAGCUCAUUCCACCCUACAUUUCUACUGGCAGAGCAGACUGAUGGCCAAUGACAAAGACAGACAGAGUUUAAUGCUGGGAUACCAGCCCUACAUCCCACAGUGCGACACUUAUGGCCAGUGGCUGCCCAAUCAGUGCUACCAAAGCACAGGUCACUGUUGGUGUGUUGAUGAGGAGGGAAGAUACAUCACAGGCUCUCUGAUGUCUCGUUCUGCACCCUCUCGGCAGUGCCAAACUACGUGCCAAAGGCUUCAAAGCAACUUCCUGCUCUCUGAUUGGACACAAACAAGCUCUAAUAUCACUUAUACAUACAGCCCAUCAUGUGAGGAGUACGGUGAGUUUUCGAUACUCCAGAAGCCCGGUUCAGUCCAUUCACAGGGGUUGUGCGUAAGUCCUAUAACCGGACAAGUCAUCCAACCUGCCAUCACCAGUCCUUCUGGAGAACUGCAAUGUCCAGGUUGGUGUUCUCUACAGAAAACUCUGGCAUUGCAGAGAGAGAUCGGUGUGGGCUAUGAGCCUCAAUGUGUGCAGGACGGGCAGCGAUUCUCACCCCUGCAGUGUGACCUGUCCUACUGUUGGUGUGUUUCUCGAAGUGGAAAGGAACUGCCAAUGACACGCACCAACCGCAGCACAGGACAAACCCCAGCCUGCGACAUUUCUGAGUGCCCCCUUCCAUUUGGAGAUAUUUCCCAUGGUGCUGUUCUGUGUAGCACUGGGAUUGUUGUGGGUCAGCAGACGCAGCGCUGUGAGCUGUUCUGUGACCAAGGUUAUGUCAACACCCUUCCUGUCACCAGCUUCCUGUGUGAUCCCCAGGCGAAAAACUGGCUUGAUGAUGCUCCACUGUCCUAUGCCUGCCAAAAGCCUCAGGUUGUGCAGACAGUGCAGGUGUCCUUACAGCUGAAGCUGCCCCUGGCUGAGGGUCAGCAGAGUUGCAGCAGCCAGAGUGUUGAGCUACGGGCUGCUUUGCUGCGAGACAUGAGAGCUACAGGCCUCUGCAGCCUACAGCUGACCUUAUCUGGCCAGACCAGCUCUGUUGCAGUCUGUGACGAGUCAUCUGUGUCUCUUGAGUGUUUGAAUGACAAGGAAGUCACUGCACACAUCACCUUUAGGGCCAGACUCUCCGACCUGCCAAUAACAUCUCUCCCUGAUCUCCAUGACAUUGAUAUGGCACUUAGUGAGGAGAGGUUGUUAAAUGGCGUGAAGGAAUUAAUCCAAAGUGGGUCAUACCGGUCCAUCUUCCUCUAUGACCGUUCUCUCGCUCUUUCUAUUCCUCCCUCGUUUAGCUGCAUGGAUGGCUAUAAGCAGCUCCCACAAUCCACUGGGUGUGCGGUGUGUCCAGCUGGUUCUUUUUCUAGUGGUGGUGUGUGUACUUCGUGUCCGCGUGAUACAUUUCAAGCGGAAGAAGGGCAGGUCUUCUGUUCUCCCUGCCCCUCGGGAACAUCCACUGUGGCCCAGGGAGCCUUCAGUGCUUCUCAUUGUCUUACUGAGUGCCAGCAGAGUAAACUGAGUUGUACAAAGAAAGGGGAAUUCCUGUCAGCCCAGAAGGACCCCAUGUCUGGCAGAUGGUUGUGUCUCUCUUCACAGGGGGAGGAACUUUCCUGGACAUCUUCUGAUGCUCCAAUGACUGUUGAAGAGUGCAAAGUAAUGGAAAAGUUCGAGGUGGUUGCCCCUUCCUCCCUGCUGCUGAAAUCAGAGAGUGCUGAAAUACUGAGCUCUGAUUCUUCAACCCAGCCAAAGGAGAAACAGCUCAGGAAGUGUGUGCUUGAUUGUGCCCUGGAAGAUUCGUGCCAACAUGUGGCUAUUUUCAGUGAUAAAGAGAAAACUUACUGUGAACUGUAUAGCACAAGUGCGGAUAAUGUUGAAUGCAGGACCUCUGAGCAAAGCAAAGGGUUUCUGGGAAAUGAUGGCGCUGAGACGUUCCAGACUCUCAACUGUGUUCUGAAAAUAAAAGGAGAUGAACCCAAUCUGAUGGUGCUGAGAAAGAAAGGUCAUGAAUUCAGCACAGCAGGCCUGAAGAGUUUUGAGAGGCUGAGUUUCCGUAAGACUGGUUCUGGAGUGUAUCGGACGCUUGUGUUUGAUGCGCAUGGAACCACUCUGGCUGACGUCCAUCGCUUCUGCGUCAACUCUUGCAGUCGUGAGAACUGCUGUGAUGGAUUCAUCCUUAACCAGAAUGUCCUCGAUGGAGGCUCUAUCAUGUGUGGGCUCCUGAGCACUCCUUCAGUGCUGCAGUGCAGUGAGGUAGACUGGGACGUGAGGGGCGUGGCCUCCUCCAGCCGCAUCUGUGGUGCUGGUGUCCAAUACAGCAAACAACUGAAACGUUUCACUUUCAACUUUGGAGGACAGAACUUCACCAUCACUGAUGCAGCCUUACCGGCAUCCAGCAAAAAUAAAACUGGCUACCAGGAAACUCUCUUUAGCUUCCAACGUAUCUACCUUUGGAAAGAGUCUGAUAUGAACACGCGUCCAAAAACUCCCUCUGCUUGCAGUGGAUCAGCUUUUGUAGAAGAUUCCAAAAUUACACUUUCUGAAUACACUUUCCAGGAGGCACAGCUGUGGUGUCUGAAACGCUGCGGAGAAGAACAACUCUGCCACGUAUCCGACAUUCAUGAUGAAGGCCCUCUGUAUUUUGCAUGUGUAUUGUAUCCUGACACGCGUGUAUGUGGGGCGUAUGACAAACCUCUCAGGCAGGCAUGCAGUUUAGUGAUGACACAGAGUCUUCAGACUGCAUACCAGAAGAAAGUUUCUCUGUUAGGAAGUGUGAAGAGUUUUUACAGUCGUGUUCCUUUUAAGAAGAUGGUGUCCUACUCUGUACGCAGUCGAGUCAGUCUGUCCAGUAAAUCUAUCACAGAAGGGUUUUUUGAGUGUGAGAGGCGAUGUGAUGAAGAUCCAUGCUGUCGUGGCAUAGGAUAUGUCCAAGAUUCCGGUGUACCUAGAUCAGAUGUGUUGUGUCUAAUUCUGAAUAGUCUGGGUAUCCAGACGUGUGGUGAGAAUGACAGUACUAACUGGAGGAUUCAGGACUGCUCUCCAUCCAAAGUGCAGACUGAAGUCUAUCCCUUCGGCUGGUAUGAAAAGCCAGUAAACCAAUGGAUAAAGAAUCCCAGUGUGUGUCCACCAUUUAGUCUCCGCUCUCCCUCAAAGAACGCUGAUUUGAAGAACUGGAAGCAGUUGGAUGCCACCUCUGUCAAGGUGGAUUCAUCUGUUUCAGCUUUUGACAUUGUCCACAUAAGCAGAGAUAUAGCAGAGGAUCUGGAUAAAGUCAGAGACUGGUGUCUAUCUGCCUGUGAGGAAAGUGAGUCCUGUUCAGCUGUGUCUAUCGAUAGCAGAGAGUCAGCCAUGAGAUGUGUGAUGUAUCCAGACACACACACCUGCCUUCCUACAACCAGCGGCCAGCGCUGCUUCCUAGUCACCAAAGAGCCUGCUCAGUCUGUUUACGUCAGGACAGGUUUACAGCCAGAGUUGACUUCUGUUUCCAUUCCUGAUCACGGGACACUUCUCGGAGAGAGUGAGGUGAAACCCAUAACUGGCUCAGAUAGCAAGCGUGUAACCUAUUUCCUGGGUGUCCCUUAUGCUCGUUCACCAGUCGGAGAGCUCCGUUUCAGCCCUCCACAGCCAGCUGACUGGACCGGUACCUGGAAUGCCACGUUUUCUCGAUCCAGCUGUCUUCAACCUGGCGAUCCCACUGACUCCACCUCCAGUGAAGACUGUCUGUACCUCAAUGUAUUUGUUGCUAGUAGUGUGGGAAAGAAUGCUCCGGUUCUGGUGUUCUUCCACAACUCUGGAUCGGGUCUCUUAGAUGGGUCUUACCUCACUGCUGUUGGCAACAUAAUUGUAGUGACAGCCAGUUUCAGGGUGUACGCUUUCGGUUUCCUCAGUGCAGAUUCCAGUGCUCUGCCGGGGAAUUAUGGGUUGCAGGACCAGGCAGCUGCUCUGGGAUGGGUUCAGAAGAACAUUGCUUAUUUUGGAGGAGACCCCACUAAAGUCACAGUAGGGGCAGAGAGAAACGGUGCCGACAUUGCGAGUCUUCAUCUUACCUCACCGUCGGCUUCAUCACUUUUCCACCGAGCUUUGCUAAUGGGUGGAUCGUUGUUUUCUCCAGCUGUUGUAAUGAGUACCUCUAAAGCCCAGGUGCAAACUGCAUCUCUGGCUAGGGAACUUGGCUGCUCGGCCUCUGAUAUUUCACAGCUGCUGACCUGCCUAAGGAGUAAACCAGCUCAUAGCAUCAAUGCUGCCCAGACCAAGUUGUUAGCAGUGAGUGGUCCCCUGCAGGCCUGGUCACCAGUGGUUGAUGGAACUGUAGUUCGUGAAAAGCCUUCUGUGGCCCUUCUGUCCGGACGCUUCCACAAAGUUGAAUUACUUCUAGGGUCAUCAUUUGAAGACGGUCUCAUCAGCAGAGCCAAGAACAUCAAGAAUUUCGAGCAGCUUCAGGGAAGGGCUGACAGCAAGACAGCAUUUUACGCAGCCCUGUCUAACUCUCUGGGUCGAGAUGAUGCUAAUGCUUUCGUGAAGGAGGCCGCGACCUGGUUCUACUCUUUGCAGCACUCCCCCACACCCUCAGGAUACAAUGUGUUCUCUCGCGCACUGGAAAAUGCUACGAGAGAUCUCUUCAUCAUCUGUCCAGCUGUGGACAUGGCUGAAUUCUGGGCAGCCAACACACGGUCCAGUGUUCACAUGUACCACCUACCUGAGGAAGCUACCUACAACAGUGUUGAUCUGUCAGUACCGAUGGAUGUGCAGUACCUCUUUGGAGUUCAUCUUGCCUCAGAAAUGCAUGACCUCUUCAGCUCCAAAGAGAGAACGCUUACCUUGCAGAUCAUGAACUAUAUGGCAAACUUCAUAAAGUCUGGCAACCCCAACCUGCCUCUUGCAGCAUCUAGGACGUCCUUCAGUAAGUUCUUACCCCCAUGGCCUCAGUUCAUGCCUCACCCGGGUGGACGGGGCUAUAAGGAGCUGUCCUUUACACUCAGUAACCGCAAGAACCUCCAGAGUCCUCAGUGUUCCUUCUGGUCUCAAUAUGUGCCGACUUUGAUCACCUCUACCGCGCAAUUCUCCUGUGAGACUUCAGUGGGAGAUUCUGGAGGUAUUCAAAAUCCAACCCAAGAGCCAAAGUCAAUCCCAGACGCCAGCUUCUCUCUGACUCCAAGCAAACCUAAAUCUGAGAAAGAUGCUUACAAUUAGUCUCAAAAUUUUCAGAUUUUCUUGUAAUUGCUUGUUCCAGAACCAA